GGGCGGGAGUGGCGGAGGGAGGGACCAGGCGCGCCAGUGACAGGGUGGCAGCCUAGGCGCGGACGCGCUGCCACCGCCGCCGCCGCCGCUGCUCCUCCUCCCAGUGCUGCAGCUCCGAUCGCCGCCGCCGCCGCUUCCACCGCCGCUGCCGGGAGAAGUUUCUCUGCCGGCCCGGAGCGCCGCGAAGAGCUCGGCCGGCAGCUGCACCCGGCGGGCGAGGUGCGGCGAGCGCUGCCACCCUGAGCCGGCGGAGGCGCCCGAGCGGCUGGGCUGCUGUCUGGGCUGGGGGCGCGGGGCGGAGGAGGGGACCUGGGCAGUGGGGCGAGCUCGGGACCCGCGGCAGCUCCGAGGCCGCUCAGCGAGGUCCGCGCCCCGCGCAGCUGCGAUGGCCGUGCGCUCUCGCCGCCCGUGGAUGAGCGUGGCGCUGGGGCUGGUACUGGGCUUCACCGCCGCGUCCUGGCUCAUCGCCCCCCGGGUGGCCGAGCUGAGCGAGAGGAAGAGACGCGGCUCCAGCCUGUGCUCCUACUACGGCCGCUCCGCCGCUGGCCCCGGCGCGCAGCAGCCGCUCCCCCAGCCCCAGUCCCGGCCGCGGCAGGAGCGGUCUCCGUCCCCCGCGCGCCAGGAGCUCCAGGGGCAGCAGCUGCCCAAAGCGGCCCCAGGAGUUAGCAGUUUUUGGAACAGUCCCUGGCAGCAGCCACCUCCGCUGCCGCAGCGGCGGCGAGGACUGGAACCCGAAGGUGCAACGGGGCUUUUGGGCGCUCCAGCAGCAGAAGGCGACCCUGAGGAGGAGGACGGGGGCGCGGUUGGCCAGCAGAGGGGUGGCCGUCCCGGGAGUAGCCACAACGGCAGCGGGGACGGGGGCGCCACCGACGCGAGCACCAGACCCCGGGACUUCCUGUACGUGGGGGUGAUGACCGCGCAGAAGUACCUGGGCAGCCGCGCGCUGGCGGCGCAGCGGACCUGGGCGCGCUUCAUCCCUGGCCGCGUGGAGUUCUUUUCCAGCCAGCAGCCCCCCAACUCCGGGCUCGACCAGCCUCCGCCACCCCUACCUGUCAUCGCGCUGCCGGGGGUGGAUGACUCCUACCCUCCCCAGAAAAAGUCCUUCAUGAUGAUCAAGUAUAUGCACGACCAUUACCUGGACAAGUACGAGUGGUUCAUGCGCGCCGACGACGAUGUCUACAUCAAAGGUGAUAAGUUAGAAGAGUUUCUUAGAUCCUUGAAUAGCAGCAAGCCUCUGUACCUGGGACAGACGGGCCUGGGCAAUAUCGAAGAACUUGGGAAGCUAGGACUGGAGCCUGGGGAGAACUUCUGUAUGGGGGGACCUGGCAUGAUCUUCAGUCGAGAAGUACUCAGAAGAAUGGUGCCUCAUAUUGGUGAAUGCCUCAGAGAAAUGUACACAACUCACGAGGACGUGGAGGUGGGAAGAUGUGUUCGCCGCUUUGGUGGGACUCAGUGUGUCUGGUCUUAUGAGAUGCAACAACUGUUUCAUGAAAAUUAUGAACACAAUCGGAAGGGUUACAUCCAAGACCUUCACAAUAGCAAAAUCCAUGCAGCCAUCACGCUGCAUCCUAACAAAAGGCCUGCAUACCAAUACAGACUGCAUAAUUACAUGCUCAGCCGCAAAAUUUCUGAACUUCGCCACCGCACCAUCCAGCUCCACAGAGAGAGUGCCCUGAUGAGCAAACUCAGUAACAGUGAGAUGAGCAAAGAGGACCAGCAGCUCGGCGUGAUGCCCUCUUUCAACCACUUCCAGCCUCGGGAGAGAAACGAAGUGAUAGAAUGGGAGUUCCUGACAGGCAAGCUCCUGUACUCAGCCGCUGAGAACCAGCCUCCUCGACAGAGCAUCAGCAGCAUUCUAAGGACAGCACUGGACGACACUGUCCUGCAGGUAAUGGAGAUGAUCAACGAAAAUGCCAAGAGCAGAGGAAGGCUCAUUGACUUCAAAGAAAUUCAGUAUGGCUAUCGCAGGGUCGAUCCCCUGUAUGGGGUGGAGUACAUUUUGGAUUUACUGCUCCUGUAUAAAAGGCACAAAGGAAGGAAGCUGACUGUGCCAGUGAGGCGCCAUGCCUACCUCCAGCAAAUGUUCAGCAAGCCUUUCUUCAGAGAAGUGGAAGAGCUUGAUGUCAACGGUCUUGUGGAGAGUAUUAACAGGGACACUCAGUCAUUCUCCUUUAUAUCUAACUCUUUGAAGAUAUUGUCUUCCCUUCAAGGGUCCAGAGAAAUGGGAGAACGUAAUGAAAAGAAAAUACACAUUCUUGUGCCCCUCACUGGAAGAUAUGACAUUUUCUUGAGAUUCAUGGAGAACUUUGAAAACACGUGUCUUAUCCCAAAGCAAAAUAUAAAGUUGAUCAUCAUUCUUUUCAGCCGGGAUUCUGACCAAGAUUCCAACAAGCACAUUGAGCUGAUAAAAGACUAUCAAAACAAGUAUCCUGCUGCAGAAAUGACCCUAAUUCCUAUGAAGGGUGAGUUUUCCAGAGGCCUUGGUCUUGAAGUGGCCUCUUCCCAGUUUGACAAUGAUACUUUGCUGCUAUUCUGUGAUGUCGACUUGAUUUUCAGAGGAGAUUUUCUCCAACGAUGUAGAGACAAUACAAUUCAGGGACAACAAGUGUACUAUCCUAUCAUCUUUAGCCAGUAUGACCCAAAGGUAACCAAUGGGGGAAAUCCUCCCCCUGAUGAUGACUUUGUGUUCUCAAAGAAGACUGGAUUUUGGAGAGACUAUGGCUAUGGGAUCACUUGUAUUUAUAAAAGUGAUCUUUUGGGUGCAGGUGGAUUUGAUACCUCAAUACAAGGCUGGGGACUGGAAGAUGUGGAUCUAUACAAUAAAGUUAUUCAAUCUGGCUUAAGGCCUUUCAGAAGUCAAGAAGUCGGAGUGGUGCAUAUUUUCCAUCCAGUUCAUUGUGAUCCUAACUUGGACCCUAAGCAGUACAAAAUGUGCUUAGGGUCUAAAGCAAGUACUUUUGCCUCAACCAUGCAACUGGCUGAACUCUGGUUAGAAAAGCAUUUGGGUGUCAGGUACAAUCGAACUCUCUCCUGACACUCCCGGCAGCAAGUGUUGCCUUUUUAAAGGGGAGUUUACCUCAUCGUUUAUUGUUAUUUUUAUUUUAUUAUUGUUAUUAUUAUUGUUAUUGUUAUUUUAUUUUGGUGUCAGGGUCAUAAACUCCUCUUGGUUGUCUUCCAAAGGGUGUUUUUUGACCUCAAGAAAGAAGAGUCUGCCAUUCACUGAUAUUUCAGAGUUCUACUGAAGUCAAUAUGUGUAUUACUUUUAUGUAUCUUUAUUUGCGACUGAGUUAAAUCAUGGCAAUCAAAUGACUUCCGAAGUUCAUUCAUCACAAGAGACAGCUUAGAAGAAUGUUCUCUUAGGGCUUAAAGAUGCAAUAUCUACUCUUAUUUUGUUUGUCAAAUUCAAUGUGAUACAAAUACUGGUGAAAGGUACCACAAAAGUGCUUUAUGCUUCCUAUGGGGAAGGGACUCUGUAACAUAAACUUGAGUUUUGUAAUUUAUACGAGGACUUAAAUAUAUAGACAAAAUUUUCUUCAUCUUUAGAAUUUUUAAAGUAAAUGAACACUUAUGAUUGUAUGUUUAUUUUUUAAAAAAAGUUUUAAAAAUUGAGGAGUUUUGUUCCACAAGCAACCGGUACUGGCUACCCUGGUCUUAUGACAUUAUGAACUCCUCGUAACUGCUAUAAAUGCGAAUGAACUUUAUUUUCUCAAGGAAAUAUGAUUUAAUUAAAUAUUCAUGUACAUUUUAGAAGCUUUAUGAAACAAUGUUCUUCAUUUGCUGGCAAGAAGAUAAAAUAUGACAGAACCUGUUUAUUUAUAAUAAAAUACAGGUAUAGCAGUAUUCUUUUUCAAAAGCACUGAAAAAGUUUUGUCGUUUUCUUUUUGUGGUUUUUUGAUGUAUUUCUUAAUGGUCACCCAUAAAAUGCUUGUUGCACAGGCUGAAAAUGUUAAGAAGGGACUAUAGGUGUGUUCUUUGUAUGUUUUGUUUUGGAGCCUUGCCUUCAUAAGGAGUUAACACAAGCAGUUUCUCUAUGCAAUGAUCUGAAAACUGAGUGACAUUCUUCCUUGGUCUGCACAGCGUGAAGAUUCAGUACAUCCAAAAAUAGUUCAGAAACUGUCUUUAUUUUAGUUGGGGUUAUCUGAAAGACUUAGCAAAUACUAGGUAAAUUACAAACAUAGCAUUAAUUUUACAUUAUAAAAAACAGUAAUAUGUUAUCUCGUUUCCCAUGUCCUUCUGUCUUAGCACCAAAUCAGUGAUGUCCUGUUUGUAGAAAAGUAUCAUUAUGUUCAAGAAAUUCAAUUUAAAAAAUGAAUAUUCAUGCAAGAAUUCAUCAUGACAUAUUUUUAAAUUUCAAUUGUGAAAAAUAACAUACUUACAUGUUUUGAAAGUCAAAGUUGUAAAAUUUUAAUAUUUACCAGCCUCUCUCCAUCAACACAUGUUCCCAUGAUCACAAUUAACUAUGGUUUAAGGUUUAAUGUAUUUAUGUGACAUAUAUUGAUGUAUAGGUCCUUCUCGAGUUUCUAAAGCAGGAAAAAUGCAUUUAUUAUCCUUAUAGUUUUUAGAUAACAUUUUGUGCUUUUAUUUUCUUUUUUCAUCCUAUUAGAAAAUAUUUGACAGGAAAGUUAAUUUGAAGGUGAUUGUCAUUAAUUGUUUCCAUGUUGUUGAACAGACCCAGGGCACAUAGCAUUUGUCUUAGAAAUGAGUUCCUUACAUGUAGCAACCUUUUUCAGUGAAGAUACUUGGGAAUUUCAAAACAUAUCAUUGUUUGAUAUUGAGAAAAACAUUCAGUAAUCUCUUUGAGAAUAAUAUAGAAUCUUAAAAUGUCAAGUUCAUUAGAAAUUAGCGACAAUUUUAUUUUUUAAAAUGCUAAUCUUUUUUUUUUUUUUUUUUUUUUUUUUUUGUCAUUUUGAGACAGGGUGUUGCUAUGCAGUUCAGGCUUGCCUUGGGCUCAUUUUGUAGCCUAGGGUGGUCUUGAACUAGAAAGAUUUUCCUGCUUCAACCUCCCGAGUGCUGGGAUUAUAGAUGUGCACCACUGCUCCCAGUUUUAAAAUGCUAAUCUUGACAGAACCGACAAUUCAGAAUUAAUCUCUGCUCUAAUAUUGUCUGAAGCUAUCAUAACCCUUUCUUUCAUAGCUUGUUCUCCUACAUUACAUGAUUUAGUAGUUUUGUGGGAUUCAUUUUUAUAAAUAGAUAAGUAUUGCAACAUUCAGUGAUGAUACUUAGAUCUACUGCCAAACAAUAAUGAUUAAUAAUUUGUUAGUGAGGAAAAAAAUCAGAGUCUGCUCUUUAAUUUAAACAAAUGAAAUGUGAUAAUUUUACAGAAGAAUAAAUGUAAAGGUCCAUUUAAAAACAUUCCCAGUCCUACAGAGUUAGAGACGGCUCUCGAAGGAUGUCUUUUUCUGUUAUACUGAUAGUACUAUAUACAGAAGUAACAAUUAAUUGUACAUACACACUAUGCAGAAUAGUUAGUGUAAUCACAUUUACAAAUCAGCUGUUUAAUUUUGCAUUAAAGUUUCUUAGAGUUCUUUAUUCAAUAUCUGACUGAAAAUAUAAAGGGUAAAGGUAUAAAAUCACAUGUUUUCUGUGUAAUAUCUAUGAGCUAAAUACCUUUACAGUUGGAUGGUAGCAUCUUGUGAAUGUAAUCAAAAGCACAAUAUAUCCACAGUAAGCCAUGCACCACUGUCUUACCUUCUUGGGAUAACUAUGGAUGUUCUAUUAAGUGUUCCCCCAAUCACAGCUCCAUCCAUAUGCAACAUUAUCUUACUGAUCAUCUAUUACUCACUCAACAUUACACUAUGUGUUUUACUUGAAUUUUAUUUUUAAAUUUAAUAUUCCUAACAACUCUCAUAAUAUUGAUAUUAUGUUAUACGUUCAACAGAUAGGGAAACCAAGGCCUUGAAUGUUCAGAGUUCACCCAGUUGGCAUAUUGUAUACUUAAGGUUCAAAGUAAAUGCUGUGUAAAUCUGGAGCACCUGUUUUGCAUUCUCCCCAGCAGCUUCUCAGUUGCUGAAGGGAUGUAAGCAGUGAGGAAGUGCAGGUCUAGUUGAUGCCAGAGACGUAAACGAUCCAUCAUUCAGUUUGCUUCUGCUACACGUUCAUUCUGGAUAGAACCAAGCUUGCCGGUGUUCGGUUAGUUAGAGUCUCCUAAUGUUUCCAUCUCAAACAAGUUCCAACCACUUUGCUAGCUUCUGCAGUGCUGUACUGUGCCAGGGAAGAGAAGAACUUUUCUGUCUGCUUGCUCACAGGAUGCCAGAGUUCGGUGGGAUGGCAGUGCUCAGAGUUCCAGAUGCCAGGCCCUGCUCUUCUACGUUACUGCAGCAAGCUGAGUAUAGAAGCUGUCAGCAGUGCACACCACCACAUCAUUGCUUGACUGUUUAAGUGACUUUACCGAGACUCAGUAGAAGCAACAUGGGUGAUAAUGAAAUAUAUUUGAAUGCAGCAGAUGAGUAUAUUAUGCUGUUAUACUUUGCAAAUUACAGAAAUGAAAUACACAAAUGUGUGGACAGAUAAUCCAACCGAGGGAAUAAAUGCUCACUGGAAACAAAAGAUAAAGUAAUUUCAGUAUAAGAAAACUGGGGGUUCACUAUAGGCAGUAGUCCCAGGGAUGAGGCAUUCUGGUUUUAUUUUUAGAUUGGCCCUGAGGAUUUCUUUCCUCUGGAAGUGGGACCAAAAAGAUGAGGCUCCCUUUCAAUAGUUUGUAUUGCUCAUCUGGGAGUCUGUAUGUUGCACAAUUGGCUGGGACUAAUUGCUUUUUCCUGGAGAGUGUAUCCUAAGGUAGACAUACAUGGAUUUAGAGAUUUGCUCUCUCUCUUUUUUAACUUCUGCCCUCAGAAUAAAAAAUACCGUAUGUGUACACAGAUAAAGUAUGCCAAGAUAAGUCUCAAGUAACACAAUAGGUGCAGCUUCCUGUUGAUUUUGACCAGGAGAUUUGUUUGGAGAAAUGAAACCAUCUGCACAUUCAAAAUGAUGUAACCAGGCUGCUUUCUUUCACUAUUGCCAUUUUCUUUUUGUGCCACUGCACCUGUUGUCCUGAAAGUCACAGGAAUCUAGUGAUCUCUACCCUAGAGGUAUCUCUCCAAGGAGACUGUAAGUAAUCUGGAGACUUAUCCACUUAAAAUCAUAUUUGAUUUAAUUAUCUAAUGCUAAUAUCUUCAGGAAGUAGCUUAUGAUUCUGGAUAUUACAGGACGAAUGGAUACAAUCAUGUUCUUAUGAACAGUAGAGGAAUCUGAGUAAUUCUUAGUAUGCUGGCUUGCUUACCUUUCUCUCUGAAUUAUCAGCAUCAUAAUAACUUUCAAACACAUUGUAGAGUUUUUUGUGAGUCUAGAAGCUUUCUAGAGCUUCAGCUUUCAAGCAGUGGUGACAGAGGAACUAGAGCAGAGGCUGUGAAUAUCGCGGUGUGGUCACGCCUCGGUGUGCCCCACAGUCUUGGUCCGAUGCCAGCCGUGCUGCCAGCUUUACUUCAGCAGAUGGUGAGGACGAUGUGAGAUAGCAGCAGUGAUUCAUGCCCCAGGUGGGGAUGCAGUCAGCAUCUGCAUCAAGCAGCACAGCACCUGGUGCCAGGGCAGCGGUGCCAAGGUAUUCGGGUGUCAGCUGCAGUUUAACACCCAACUGUCCGUUGCUUCCUUUCUGAUCUCAGAAGAUAAGCUCUGGGCCAUGCUUGGAUCCCACUGCAUGCAGGAUUUUAUUUCAACUGAAUUCAGUCAGUAUCUGUUAUGUUCCUAAAUUGGCAUUAAAACCGAGAGACUAC